CUUGACGCGGAGUUGUGCUUUCAGACGACGCCGUUGCCCUGGAAACCGCGCGGGUUUUUCGAAAAUGUCGAGCGCUUUUUGUGGAUUACACUUCCCGCCUCCUGCAGUUUGACGUUCCUUCCUGAAUCAGUGAUGCGAUUGAACAAACCGAGUGAAUUGUUCAUGCUGUCAAGUAACUUCAACGCUCAUGAAAGAUCUGAUUGGAAUCAAAGUUCGGUCGGGCAGGCCUGUUUUCACACUCCGGCCAGUUUAGAGGAAAUCGCUCCUCAGUUUCUCCCUAAAUUCUCCAGUUUGAAUUCGCCGAAAAAACUACCUGAUGACAGCGUAGCACAUUAUAAAAGCUACACGAGUCGCGAGGAACUGGCCGCCAUCCUGGGCAAUGAGCGGCGUUAUUUUGAGCGUCAAAGCGAGCCUUUAAAACCGCCCCGGAAAACGCGGUCACCGAGGAUCUCCAACAUCAACCAAAACCCGACCCAAAUCCGCGACCAAAACAUCAACCAGGCCCCUGGCAACUUGGAGAAGUUCCCCCACGAUAAGCUGACCUCGGUCAUCGACUACAACAUGACCACCGGCGAUCCCUUCCAGAAGCCGCUCUACAACAAACCGAAAUUCCAAGCCCCCGCCCAGACGCUCAACUACAACUUCCAGCACCAGAUCAACUCGCUCACCGACAACUUCCUGCGGCAGGUCAAUCUCAACGAACUCGCGCAUAACCAGAUCAACUCCCGAGGGAUCGAAUCCGCCCAGGACUCGGUCAAUGGGAACGGGUCGAUGAACGGACGAGUGACGAGGAUCGAAUCACCAUGCUACCCAGCGGACAACAUCGGAAGUGAGUCGCAACAGCGGCGAACCAACAGAAACGAGACGAUGUCGCGGGAUAGCAAAACGCAGAACCGAAGCGCCGUAAGAGGGUCGCAGAACGACUUUUACUGCAGCCUUACGGAUAAUCCGAAUGAUACGACGAACGAGUUGAUCAAAAGGAAUGAGUUCAAGAAUGAUGUAUUCCUCGAAAGCGAGUCACGGCAUAACCAAGUGGAAUCCGUGAACAAAUUUAUCAGGCGAGGUAAACUUUCCGACAGCCCUGACGUGGUAGCGACCUGCAGGUCCGCAGAGACCGUUAUCAACUCCUUACGCGAGUUUACGAUGAACGAUUCGCCGGAUGUGGAUCUCGGUCGGAAGAGCGGAGUGGUUGAGGAUGGACACCGAAGUGCUGCAGGUGGCCGAUUGGAGAGUCGUCGGGCGUAUCUGGAGAGGAAACGGGAGAAGACGCAAAUUAACGAAUCAAUGAAGUCGAGAGCAGGGCUCAAUCAGAAUCGGAGUCCCUCAGAAAAGGUGGAUGCGGUGUCCGGGACGAAGUUGGAUUGGGCCAGCAGACGAGCAGCUCGCAAGAAGAAAUCUUCCGAAAGUCUCAGUAGUUUUGACGUAUACAACAUCGAGACAGCGCUACCCCACAUUGAUCUGGACGCCAUCGAAACUCACUUGCUAGCCGCGAGAGAGGAAGAACGAAGGAGGCGUAAUGACAGAGAGGAAAUACGCAGGAGGCUUGCCUCAGGUGACACCGAAGAGUUUCCAUCGAACAAUCGUCCCAGGAAGAAACCUAGUCUUCAGUCCCGUCUGCAAAAUGGGAUGAAUUUACAGAUUUGCUUUAUGAAUGAAACCAUGUCUGACAAUGAAUCACCAAGCUCCGAUCAGGAGUCGCCAGUAAAAACGGCGUCAAGCAAAACAUCCCAAUCAGAACUUUCAGAACCCUCUCCUAAACCUCUCACCUCAAAAACUGUUCGUCCCCUGUUUAACAAUAAGACGCAACCGGUGCCGCAAGAAGCAAUGCAAGUAGAGACAGACUUUUUUACUCAACAGGCCAAGCUUCAAGCUGAUGCCAGACAAGCACUUGCAGAAGCGAAGGAAACUGCUCGAAGACAGAUGGAAAUUGAAAGAGAGAGGAUGACCACUAGUCCUAUUACUGAUAUGCUACGUGCCAGUCUUACUAAAGUAGGUGUACCUUUUCCAGAAGAGAGGCGAAGGCUCAGCAGACAACUUUUGACAAACCUGAAUGUAGCUCAGCUGCAAGUUAUUGUCAAUGACCUGCACACUCAGAUAGAAAUUUUAAAUGAAGACUUAGUGAAAAUGCUAAUGGAACGAGAUGAGCUGCACAUGGGUCAGGACUCAAUGUUGGUCGAUAUAGAGGACUUAACCCGGUAUUUAGGUGCCAAAGAAAAAAGUCUGAAGGAAGAUCUUAGGCUGAAUAACAAUCCUGAUCCUGUGAAAAUUUUAACUCCUUUUCCGGUGAAGUCUAAAUCCACUCGACUCACCUCUCUUCCAGGUGUAAAAAAAUAAUUGAAGUUUCCAAGCAAAGAACAUUGAAAGUAUAAAACACUUGGGAAAAUGAAAAUUUUGUAAUGCUUAUCUGUUUUACCAAAAAAUUAGUGAUUCUUAAGUGUCAUCGCACUGAACAAUUGUUGUUUCCUAGGUUAUUUCCUGGAAAAGAGAAACUCUAAAUAAUUAACCAAGGGAAGUGUAAAUUUAAUACCUAGUGCUAACUUUUUUUUCUAAAUCUAUCAAUAAAAAGUAAGAAAUUAUUUUUAUAAGUGGAUAUUUUUGAGUGACAAGUAUCUAUUCAACAUUUACCAAAGUUUAAAAGAGUCUCAGUGGGGUGGCGUGAAUUGUGAUGUAUCGAUUAUUAUGCCAUUUAAAUCUAUAAUACAGAAUCGCUUAUUAAGGUGUUUGCUGCAAAAACCCUGUUUAUUGAUCCUUUUCCAUCGGUUUAAAUGGCAUAACAAUCGAUACAUUGCAAUUCUUGCCACGCCACUGAAGAGUCUCAGAAUAAAUUGGGUACUGGAGAACCAGGUCAAUGAAAUAUGACUCGAACAGGAAUUAAUUGGUCUGCUGCAGGCAAGAGAUAUUGCCAAGUGAAUAGACCCUCAAAGGGUAAAAUUACAUAAAAAUCAUGUUGGGCAUUGUUUGAGGGUCAGUGAGCACGUUUGGCCAGUCUUAGCAAUAGUGUUUAUUUUACAACUCCUAUUUAACACUUAUGAUAUAUCCCUUGUGUUUUUCCUGUGUUUGUAAUUUAUAUCGAUAGUUGCUUUUAGACCUUUAACUUUCUGGAAAUGUUGAUAAGUACAUCUUAGAGUAAUGAUUUUUGUUGUUGAGGUCCAUUCAUUUCAAAAAUUACCUGUAAUAGCUCAUUUUAAGAGCUUGGCUUAUCAAAGAUACUCGACCAUUUUACUACCACAAACGCAGCAGCAUAAUCGUAUCCUUUCUGCAGCCUUUCUGUCUUUCUCAGCAACCUUCACUCAGAAUUAUUCACAUUUUUAGCUCUAUUUAUCAAAGAGGAUCUGAUUUACAAUGUUAGACACUUUCUAAAAAGUGCAAUCCGAUUUGUUUGCAUGAAAAAUCAAUUAUUGUUGUGGGGCAUGUGCACCCAGAAUCUAGCCUGAUAAUAAAAGAAUUAAUUAGUUUUUGAUUUCAGCUUUUUCUCACUUUACUUUGGUUGUAGCUAAGAAUGUUUUUCAUGAGCUACAGUAGAAGUUAGUUUUGUGUUACUGAGGCAUCAAAAGCUGUGAAAAUCAUCGGCAAUAAGUACUGAAAUAACAACCUUGAAUCAAGGCUUUUACAUUGCAAUCUCAUUUAAAAUGUCAUCCAUUGGACGCUACUGCUACUCACAUUAGGAACAUUACACAGACUCAUUAUAAUUCUUCCUUUUUUUAUCCUUUUUUUUUUCUACCUCUAAUAUUAUCCUAUCGGUUCACUUAAAUUUUACAUGUUCCUUCUCUUAACCCUGUAUUGAUUCUUUAUUGAACUGAUAUUCAAAUAAUUUGCCUUUAAAUGAACUUAGCCCCAGUUUGAAUCAUGAAGUCAAGGCGGCUAAGACAAGCACUUUAAAAUAUUAAAGCCUGUACAUUAUGUCUAUUGUUUUAUGAGCAAUUAAAAGAGCUGAAGCUUUAUUAUUAUGUUUAUUGUUGACUGACUGGCUGUAUAAAUUGUAUAUUAUGUACUGAAUUAGAUAAUUUUCAUUAUAUUUGAACCUAGUUCAGUAGUUGACAGAUAGGAAAGUUUAAUUAAAUGUUAGUCGCAAAGUUUUUGUUUUUAUUCAGUUUCAUUUAUUUAGUUUUAUUUUUUCUAAAACCAAACCAAAUCACAUGUUUCUAUUUGUUAUCAUGGAUCCCUGUUGUUUUAGCUGCCAAGUGGAGAUUUUAGCAAAGGUUGUAAAUUUUCUUAUUAUUUUAAUUCCAACAGCAUUACUAUCAGUGACUGUAUGUACCACAUGUUCUAAUUUUUAAGUGCCACUUGUUAAAAAGUUAAGUAGUUUGAUUCUACUUUUAGCUUAAACUGCAUUAUGUAAAGUUUAAAAUAGCUUUUCAUUAAUGCAAAGCCAAAUACUUGGGUCAUGCAUUCAGACACGGUCAAAUUUCCAGAGCUCUGAUUGGUUCCGGCUUUAAGCAACAAAUGCUUUGACUUCAAAACCUUUGCUCUACUUAAGCAAUGAGAACAUGAUACUCUAUAGAACUGUAGCGGCCUGCAUUUAUUUGAUGGCAGUGGAUGAACAGCCAAUAGUGGCAGUGACCCUCUUGGAUUGAUGAUUUUAUUUUGAUUGUGUGACCCAGGGUUAUAGUAAUAUGCAAUUACACACAUUUCCACAGUUUUUUUGUGAAAGAGUACUUUUUCAGUGUAGUAACAUAUUGAUGUUCUCAAGACAUACAUAUAUUAUGACGUGCUUUUUUCAGGUGAUUCAUUUCUGUCCUGUGAAAAAAUUGUUGGCAUCUAAUGAAAUGUGUAGAAGGGAAAUUACAUUGCUAAAAACUAGAAUGAAUUGAGCUUUCAAUAAACAAUAUCUCUUGUUCAAAUUUACCUGGAACUGGUUGAAGAUUUCAAGCACUUUUAUUCACCUGAUAGUCCAUGUUUUUUGAAGAUCUGAUAAUUUUUAAUAACAAUUAGGUAUUCGACAGGAACAUUGGUAGCAUUGCACUAUUUUCUGGUCAUUUGUCAACUUUUACUUAUCAUUCCUCACAAGAUUGGUUUCCAAAUUCCUCUUGGAACCGGUACAAACUGAUUGCGCUUAGUUGUGUAACACGAAAACGUCCAUUAACUUUGUAGCAUAACUUUCUUUUAUAAAGUAGUAAAGUUGAUCCCUAUAUUUUUGUUAAGCCUACAAUAAACUUUACAACAUACAAUCAUUAUGAAAACACAUUUUUUUUGUGUGUGAAGUUAAAUGACCAUUUUGCCCCCUAAUUUUCUGACUUCAAAUUUUUUCAGCAUUUUUUGUUCAUAGUUGCAGUUUUCAUUAAAAUAUGAGAAAGCUCUUUUCAUCUCCAUAAUAAAAAGCUCCCAAUAAUUUUCUGUUCACUGAAUGUUUCAUUUCUAGUUUACUUUCACUAUUUGUCAUCAUUCAAUUUUGAAACGUCUCAGUUUUUUCCCCUUUUUUCCUUCUUUUUUUCUUCUUUUUUUCUAAAUCGUAUACCCUCUCACUUUUGAUUUUUUCAUAUUCUUGUUUUAUUAUAAACACAUACUAUUUUAAAUGUAUUAAAACAAGAACAUGUUUUAACCGACAUUAAUUAAUAUACCCUAAAAUACAGCUUCAUUCUAAGGAAAACUAGGGUUAUAAAAUGAAUGAGAAGCUAAUAAAACUAAGAAAGUAAAGGAUUCAAGAACAAUAUUUCCAACAAAGUUUUGUGUACAAUUUUUAAAUAUACUGAAUGUAUUAUAAAUAA